AUGAACGGCAGCGGCCCCCGCCGCAGCAUAAGCUCCUCAUCGUCCUCGUCCUCCGGGCGUCGCUCUUCCAACUCUGCCUUCAGUCUCGGUACGGGGCCCGUCCGCGGCCCUGGGUCCUGGACCAGGGGGGGUGGUAGCAGUAGGUCGAGCACCAGCAGCAAGGUGAGCGGCGGUCACGUUAGCGGCGGGGGAGGCGGCGGGAGCGAAAACCAGGAGGUUGUUGUUUCUACCGCUGCAGCGGCGGCGGGGCCUCCGGAGAAAGGCAGGGGUAGGACCGCUGAGAGGGUGGAGCAAGGGUGCGCCCGCGCGCCGCCGCCGCCGCCGCCGCAGCUGACGUCCGCGCCGGAAGGAGACGAGGCGGAGAACGAGGAGCGGGGGGAGCACCCGGUUCAGCCACGGGUCGGGGUCGAUGAUGAGGUCACUGGAGUGGCUGCCAGCGGCGGAACCGAUGUCUGCAGCGGAGCCGCCGCCUCCGCCGCCGCCGCCGCCAUCGCCGCAACCGCGAAGCCUGAGGAGGGAAGUCGGGCGGGCGAGGACGACAAGGUCGGGGGUGAGGCGAGCACCGCGAACCCCGGAAGGGAGGCGUCUUACGGCACGGUCACUUCCUCCGUGUUUUGUUCGGGCGUUGGUGACACGAGAGGGUCGCUGCUGGCUUCCUUCAACACGUUGCCGCGCAAGUCGUUGGAGAGCACGUACUUCGAAUCCAACGCUUCUGUGGCCGUCGCCGUGCCGAGCGCUAGCGGCGGCGACGGCGCCGGCGUUGCCGGGGGGGAUGCUGACGAGCCCCUUUCCACCGCUGGAGGCGAUACCGGGGCUGGACGAACGCCUGCUGCGGCAGGAGGGCAGGAAGAAGGCGCCAUGGAAGCGGCGGAGAAAGAAGAAGAGCAAGGACCCAAGAAGGGGGGGGAGAGCGGUGGGGGCGGCCGUAGUUGCGGUGGCGGUGGGAUGGCGCGGGAGCCCGGCGAGGACAUGGUCGUGGGUCACGCCGUUGACCCGGCCGCGCUGGUGCGGCCCCCGAUAGUGGGCGAUGGGAAGCUCGAGCACGAUAAGGAGCGGCGGCUGGGAGUAGCAAACGACCUGGAGGCCGUGAUAGCGGAGCUAAACCGUCGCAAGAGCCUGCUUGCGUGGGAAGAUGGAGAGGGGGCGGCGUCGGACCCAUGCGAGUCGCCCGCGAGAGCAACGGAGGGCGGUGGCGGCGGCGGCGGCGGCGGCGUGGGUGCGGGGAAAGAUACCCAGCAGGAGGAAAAGGGAGAAGGCGAGGACGAGCCUAACCUUUCCGCGCGGGGUACGCUCCAGCCGAGCGCCAGGAGCGGACCCGAGAGAGGCACGGCAGACGACGAACCGGUGAGGGUUGCUCGUGUCCCUGCUUCCGAAGACGCCUUCGGCGAAAGCAAGCUGAACGAGGCUACACCCUUGGCCGGCGGGGCCGUUGAGCCAGCGGCGGCCUCGCCGGGGGCGGGUGUUCCCCCGACUGCUGUGGUGCCUUCUUCUUCCUUUGGUGGCGACGAGAACAAGCCCCCGCCGCUAACGGAGGAGCCGUCGCCGCCGACAAACCCUCCGUCUCCGGCUGGUGCUGAUGCUGCUGGUGCUGGUGCUGCCGCCGACGCUGCGGUAUCGACCGCGAUGCUUCCCCCGUCUGCCGCUCUCCGCGGCGGGGGAGCGUCGCUCUCCGCCCGGACUCUCGCCUGUGCCGCCGCGGCGGCCGCUACGGGCUUUGAUUCGUGCUCGUCUUCCUCUACGACGGCACAACUGGGCCUGCCCAAGGAGAGGGUGGAAGCGAGGGCGGACGGGGCUGCUGCCGGUAGGGUCGGCGGGAGAGGGUGGAAGCAAGGGAGGGAGGCCACUACCCCCGUGAGCCCCAGGUCCGCGCCGACGGCGAAGGCGACAAGGGCGGGUGUGAGCACGACCCCGAUGAAGGAAAAUGCGGGCGACCGGAGGGUGAAGGCUUCUUCUGCUCCGGGUCCGACGCCCUCCGCCGGCGCGCCAUGUUCGGCAUCAGGAGGCGACGGCGGUAGGCCCAGGGCGACCGCGGCGAUGGCGGUGGCGGGCGCUAAAGCGGGGUCGCCCAGGACGGCGGCGAAGUCCGGAUUCGCACCGGCCCAAGGAGCGGGGUCCCCCAGGUCGGCGGGGAAGUCCGGAUUCGCGUCGGCCCCAAGAGCGGCGCCGGCCCCAGCCGGUUACUCCGCGCCGACGAAAUCGUCCAAGGCGAGAGUUGGUGGCGGCGGCGGCGGCGGCGGCGGCGGUGGUGACGACGUUGGCCGCGGCGGUGGUGGCGCGACUACCGCUGCUGCCGGUUCUUCGAGGGCGUCCCCGUCCUCGCAGCAGCCCCAGCAGCUGCAGCGGGUAGGGUCUCAGCAGAGGAGGCAGAAGGAGAGGCAGUCCCCCCGCAGCAAGGAGGCAGAUGAUCGCCGCGGGCGGGACCGGGUGAGGGGCUCCGAAGAAUCGAGCAGCAGUGGCAGCAGGGGUGGCAGGAGGCUCUCUUCUUCAGCACCGCCGCCGGAGCUGCGAGAUGGAGGACUCAGCUCCGCUCGGGUCGAGGGCAUAUGCGCGGAUAUCAUCACUCCUUCGGACCUGGUGACGUCGGCACAGGUCGAAGGCGCUCCGCCCCUCUCGGGGGUCCCCUCCUCCUCCACCCCCACCUCCACCUCCACCACUCCGCGUCCGGCUCGCGGGCACCACCGCCGCUCGACGUCCGCCGGUAUGCUUCCGCGCUCCAUCGACGAGGGCGCCAUGGACCCCGCGGUGGAGCUGGCUGACGCUGCCAUGACCCUGUCCGGUGUUCGGACGUCUGGAGGGGCUGCGAAGGAUGGCAGGGGUCGGCGAGGGGCCGUCGGACGAGGAACCGCGCGCGAGCGGAUCAAGGGCGGCGGCUCCUUCGACCGGCGUCCGAUGGUCGGCGGCGCCGGCGGUGUCGGCGGCGGUGCUUCCCCUUCCCCGCGCAAGGGUAAGUACCAGGUGAAGGACUCGUUCAACCGGCUCAAGGGGUGGAUCAACGGGGGCUUCACGGGCAACGGCAGCCGGAAGAACAACUCCAGCGAUGCCUCGCACGCCAUUGCCGCCGCUGCCGCAGCGACGAGUGGUGCCGGCACGCGGGCGAAACCGAGGGGUGCGGCUACCCCCGGUGGCGGUGGCGGUGGCGGUGGCGGCGGCUGCGGCUGCGGCGGCGACGGUGCGGUUAACAAGAGCGUAGACAAGCGGUCUGCGCCUGCUGUCGGUGGAGGGCGUCCCUCUACCGCUACCGCUCGCGCUGGUGGUGGUGGGGGUAAUGCCGGUGUUGGCAACCGGAAUGGUGACUCGAGGAACCUCGCCGCGAGCACCGCGGUCGACAGGGCGGCCGCUCGCGUGGGGGCCAGGAGGGCGGCGGAGCGCGAUGCGGUUCGCGCGGCGAAGGAGGCCAGCGCCGCGGCCGAGACUGCUGGAACGGCGAAGGGAGCGAAGCCCUCGCCUCGGGCAGCGGCAGCCGGCGCUAUCCGUCGGAACAAGCCGCACAAGCGGGCGCCUUCUGGGAGCCGUGCCUCUCCAUCUAGUGCAACAGCAGCACCGCCGCCCCCGGCAGGCAAGGUCGGCGGUGUCGGCGCGCCUUCGAAGGUGGGAACCGCGGCACCACCGACGGAGUCGGCGGCGGGAAGCGACCCGCACAGGGGACGGGCCUGCUCUCGCGUGCUGGAGGUCGCCACCGCGGGGUCUUCCUCGUCGCCGUCUCCGUCGCCUUCGCUGUCCCCGCUCGCCACCCGGCUCUCCCCGGCCCACAAGGAGGAAGUGACGGCGGCGGUUAAGGCGGCGGCGGCGGGAGCGGUCGCAGCGGCAGCGGGGGCCGGAGUCGUGCCGCGGAAGGUUAGGACCGUCCCCGCUUCGGCGGCCGCUACCGCUGCGGCGGCCGUCGCCCUGUCCCCGGCCUCCGAAAGAAUGGCGGUGGUCACGCCGGCGCCUUCCACCGGCCCGUCGGCGAGGUUCAAGACCUCGAAAGCGGCGAGGUCACUCGGCGCCACCAUCCCGACCCUCUCGCCCGCCAGCCUGCAUAGGGUGGGGAGUAGGUCCCGCGUGCCGAUUGAGUCGCCGGGGCCGCUGAGGUCUCCCAGAGGGGGCGGCGAGCUGAGGUCGGCGUCCAGGUCUCCGAGGUCGACGCCCAAGUCUCCCAGGUCAUCAUCCAAGUCUCCCAGGAGCGGUGGCGUUGGCCGAGAGCGAGGUUUCUUCUUCGGUGGCGGCGGGAGCGGCAGCGGCGAAGGAAAGCCGGCAAGGACGGUGGGCGGGAGCCGAGGUGCAGCGAGCGGGGGAAGUGGCGGCGGCGGCGGCGGCAUGCUCUCUCGCAGCGGACCCCAGUCUGCAAGGGGUGGUUCGCGCGGCGAUAACGGCAUCAGCAAGAGCCCCAUGGUUGUCCCCAAGGGAAGCAAGGCAGGGAGGACCGUUCGGGCCACUUAGUUGUAGCAGUGGGCCUUCUCGAGCAGAAUUUCCGACCGGUACGCGCCGGCCGGAUGCGAGAGGGUUGGUUGUUUGCUGCGGUUGAUCGUAAUUUCGGCGUAAAAUUCCAUGCGACGAUGGGUCUUGUGCUCUGGGAUGUUCGAGGCAAGGCGGUUUGAUACCUUGCCGCCAGGUGUGUAAUUUACCGGUCUUGCGGGAGGGGAAGGGGAACUUUUGUAGGGGACGGGUCAUAGGUUUGGCGGACCCAACCUGAUGAACGGCAAUGGAAGGGGACAGAUGCACCAGUGUUGUCAGAGGCUUGAAAGUUGCCGCUGGUCCACACAGCCAGCUGCUCGCAGAAUCGUGCAGAAAACAUGCUUCCGUGCAAAAAAGUGUGUAGAAAUAUGCAUGUUAUUGUAUUUCGAGUGGAUACUUUCGUCAAGGUGAGACAGGCGCAAUACAUUGGGUUGUGUGCAGGUGCCCGCUUCCCUGGCGGAUCAGCUCAGACGAAUGCGAGUGUUGCUAGGACUGGAUAUUUGCCCAGCAGGUUCAGUUCUUCGUGGCGAUAGUCGCGUGCCGUUCCGCUCGUGGCGGAUGUGUCCUUUCUUUUCGCCUCAAGCGUCUGAGCCUGUCGGAGAACGGACUACUAUGCACGCUUUCUAUUGAGGCACGGUGAUUUGUUGGGAAUCGGUGGGAGUGCUGGCUACGAUUCGGGAACUGUUUGAUUGCAAAAGCAAAGGACGAUAGGGGUCGAUGACCUUUGGCCUGUAGGGGUGGAGAUACAACUGUUGACCUUCUCAGGCCGUUAGGAAGGGGAUGCAGAAAUACAGGACUUAAAUACACGCGGGUUGGUAGGUGUUGAGUGCGCCACCCAUUAAUUCGUUCGUCUUACCCAACUGUUUUUGUGUGCAUCGUUACAUGUCUUGAUUACGAGAUGCAGGGGGUGGUUCGUGUUGCAAGAACGCCGGACCGUCCAAAGGUGGUACCGGUUUAGAAGUUGAGGGUUUGGUUUUCACGAAAUUGACGAAGUUGAACCCUCCAAUACCGAUCUAAAUACAUAAAAUAUCCCAUGAUUUCCCUGUUGGUGUUCCCCACUGAUGAAAGGAGGGAGGGUUGAGCAAAAUUGGAGACUUUCGAGUGGUGGCGCGUUCUUUUGUUCUCUCUCCGCAUAGUCUACAUGUUAUGAUUGAAUCGGGUGCUGAUGAGGUUGUCUGGGUUUUCAUGGUUGUUUUUAUUCGC